AUGGCUCCAUCGGCGACGAGUACAAAAUGGGAUCACCAAUAUAACACCCUGCGGCGUCAAGACCUCUUCCAGAACCCACCAAAAGACCACUCUGCGUAUCCCGCUCUUCAGUUAGCCGUGAACCCGCACAUCGAGUCUUUCAAUCGCAUUUUCGGAGAUGAUGGCAAGAAAGGGCUUCUUGACUACGGAUUGACGGAUAUUGGUACCAAGACAUUUCUCGACGGUGAUGAAAGAUCCGGCCCCGAGGGAAAGAAUCGUCUUCAUAUCCGAAUCAAGAAUGUGAGCCUGCAAAAGCCCCAGAUUCCUCCGUCUAACAAGAUGGCACGAAACCGAGAAAUUCUACCCGCCGAGUGCAGAGAACGGCAUGUCUCGUAUAGAGGAAGACUUUCGGCCACAUUCGAAUACUCCAUUAAUGGUGGAGAUCCUAUUGAGUUUGUACGAGAACUAGGACAGGUCCCCAUCAUGAUCAAGUCCAAUCGAUGCCAUCUAGAAAACAAUUCUCCUGCUCAACUCGUUGAGCGAAAGGAGGAAUCUGAGGAACUUGGAGGUUAUUUCAUUGUCAACGGCAUUGAGAAAAUUAUUAGAUUACUACAAGUCAACAAGCGAAACUUUCCAAUGGCCAUCAAUCGACCUAGUUUUCAAAACCGAGGCGCGGGUUAUACCUCGUACGGUAUUAUUGUUCGAUCCGUCCGACCCGACGAGACUUCUCAGACCAAUGUCCUUCAUUACCUCAAUGACGGUAACAUUACGUUUCGAUUCUCAUGGCGCAAGAACGAGUACUUGAUUCCCGUCAUCAUGAUCCUUAAAGCAUUGGUGGAGACAAAUGACCGAGAAAUUUUUGAGGGAUUGAUUGGACCCAUGGGAUCAAAAGCAACCGAGAAUACUUUCUUGACGGAUCGAGUGGAAUUGCUGCUACGAACGUACAAGAGAUAUGGACUCUACAGCAAAUCGCAGACCAGAGCGUAUCUAGGAGAAAAGUUUAGGGUUGUGCUUGGCGUUCCAGAAACAAUGUCCGACUAUGAAGUUGGUACAGAGUUUUUGAGAAGGAUUGUUCUGGUACACCUGGGCAAUGUGAACGUGGCUGAGGAACAGGAUCUUGACAAGUUUCGAAUGCUGCUGUUCAUGGUCCGCAAGCUGUAUGCCCUGGCAGCUGGCGAGUGCGCCGUUGACAACCCCGACGCUCUUCAAAACCAGGAAAUCCUGCUGGGUGGCUUCUUAUACAGCCAGAUUCUCAAGGAACGCCUCGACGAAUUCGUGAGCGUUGGCGUUCGCUCAUCUCUGCGUGAUUUCCUCCGGCGACACCCCCAAGUUUCUUUCACGUCCGAGGAUUUCAGAAAGGAGUUCCCAGGCACGAUUUUCAGAAAGGCGAAUGAAAACUUGGGCAAUGCGCUUGAAUAUUUCUUAUCCACCGGAAACCUGCAAAGUCCUUCAGGAUUGGACCUGCAGCAAACAGCUGGUUUUACUGUUGUGGCCGAAAAACUCAACUUCCUCCGAUUCAUCAGUCAUUUCCGCAUGGUUCAUCGUGGCGCCUUCUUUGCUCAGCUGAAGACCACUGCUGUGCGAAAGCUGCUCCCCGAGUCGUGGGGUUUCAUGUGCCCCGUCCACACGCCUGACGGUUCACCUUGUGGUUUGCUGAACCAUUUGGCCCACAAGUGCAAGAUCGUGACGGACCACGUCGACGUAUCUAAACUUCCUGCGCUUGCUAGAGAACUUGGUGUUGUCGACACAUCAUCCGCCCUCACAAGUGAAAAUGUCGUCGUCAUGAUGGAUGGCAAGAUUCUCGGCUGGUGCUCACCAAAGGAGUCUCUUAGGAUAGCCGACUGUCUGCGAUACUGGAAAGUCGAGGGUACGCACGGCGUGCCACUGCAAUUGGAGAUUGGAUACGUCCCUGCGUCCAACGGGGGUUCAUACCCCGGUGUCUACAUUACGUCGACCCCGGCACGGAUGGUACGGCCGGUGAAAUAUCUCCCUCUCCAAAAGGAAGAUUUUGUCGGACCCUAUGAGCAGCCAUACAUGUCCAUCGCCGUUGUGCCGCAAGAAACUGAAUCCGGCGUGUCUACUCAUGUCGAGUUCGACCCCACAAAUAUGCUGUCCAUCUUGGCCAACAUGACGCCCUUUUCUGAUUUCAACCAGUCUCCCCGAAACAUGUACCAGUGUCAGAUGGGUAAGCAGACGAUGGGUACCCCCGGCACCGCCAUCAGAUACCGGACAGACAACAAGUCGUACAGGAUUCAGACUGGACAGACGCCCAUUGUCCGCGCGCCCUUGCACAACGAUUAUGGUUUUGACAACUUUCCCAACGGUAUGAAUGCUGUUGUUGCUGUCAUCUCGUACACCGGCUACGACAUGGACGACGCCAUGAUAUUGAACAAGUCGGCGCACGAGAGAGGUUUUGGACACGGAACCAUUUACAAGACCAAGAAGAUUACCCUCAAGGAUGAUUCGAGAACCCGCGCGGCAAAGAGUGUCACCAAGGCUUUCGGAUUCGCGCCUCACAGCUAUGUCAGCGCCUCGUACCAAGGCAUGCUGGACGACGACGGCCUCCCUCACGUCGGGCGUCUUGUCCAAGAAGGCGACGUCAUUUGUGCGUGGCACACUGUGACCCCCGACUACAACGGCAACCUCGUCAACCUGGACGGCAUCACCCACUACGAAAAGUACAAGGACGGCGAGACGGGCUUCGUCGAGGAGGUUCGUCUCAUCGGCGCGGAGACGGGCAGCGAAACCCUGCAAACAGUCUCCAUCAAGUUCCGCAUCCCGCGAUCACCCAUCAUCGGCGACAAGUUCUCCUCCCGCCACGGUCAAAAGGGUGUCGCUUCCCAGAAAUGGCCCGCCAUUGACAUGCCCUUCUCCGAAUCCGGCAUCCAGCCCGACGUCAUCAUCAACCCGCACGCCUUCCCGUCCCGAAUGACCAUUGGCAUGUUUGUCGAGUCUCUGGCCGGCAAAGCCGGCGCGCUCCACGGCCUGGCCCAGGACUCGACGCCGUUCAAGUUUGACGAAGAAGACACGGCGGUCGACUACUUUGGCCACCAGCUCAUGAAAGCCGGGUACAGCUACCACGGCAACGAACCCAUGUACUCGGGCAUCACGGGCGAGGAGCUGGGCGCCGACAUCUACAUCGGCGUCGUCUACUACCAGCGCCUGCGUCACAUGGUCAACGACAAGUUCCAGGUGCGAACAACUGGCCCCGUCGUGCCCACGACGGGCCAGCCCAUCAAGGGCAGAAAACGCGGCGGCGGCAUCCGUGUCGGCGAAAUGGAGCGCGACGCCCUGCUUGCCCACGGCACGGCCUUCCUGCUCCAGGACCGACUGCUCAACUGCUCCGACUACACCAAGUCGUGGAUCUGCCGCCGCUGCGGCUCGUUCCUGUCCGUGCAGCCGACGGUCUCGCAGUUUGCGCCGGGCAAGAAGCGGGCCCCGACCACGGUGCGCUGCCGCAACUGCGCCACCAGGCUUGACGAGACGGACGGCGUCGACCUCACCGAGAUUCAGGGCGAGAUCUGGGAAGACGGCCAGGGCAACCGCUGGGUGGGCGGCGACCACACGACGCAGGUCGUGGUCCCCGGGGCGCUCAAGUACCUGGAUGUCGAGCUGGCAGCCAUGGGCGUCAAGCUCAAGUACAGGGUCAACAGGGGGGAUGAACCAAGAAAGGGGCCUCUGCGGCCGAUGGCCAUGCCCAAGGCCAUCAAGGCGUGA